AGAUGAAGAGACUGCCUAUGUCCGUUACAUCUACCAGAAAGGACAAAUGCAGUGGCCUUAUAAAAUUGGGAGAGAAACUGAAAUAGGAUAUGUUAAAACUCCAUCUACUGUCUUUACGGUCACUGUAACAGACAAAUCAUUUGAUUUAAAGGAAGGUAUAAUGGAAAAUACCUUUAGUCUGUUAAGAAAAAUGUAACAUUUUAAAAUUGUUUUCUCAGAUUUUUCAAGACAUUAUUUUCCAUAUGAAGCUUCUCAAAGAUUUGCAACAUAAAUUCUGUUAUACUUUGCUGCACUUUUAUACAUUUUUCAAAGCAUACCUUUUAUUAAUCAUUAGUCUUAAUGAGAUCAUUUUUUGCAUGCCUAUAUGAAAAUUAAUCUUUAUUAUUUUAACUAUUGUUAUAUAAUGAGUAUUAUAUUUUUAAAAAUUUGUUUUAGUCCAUUUGUUUUAAAGGCUUACUAAAUCUGAACAGUUAAUUUUCUAAUUUCUUCACUUAGCAAAGUACUUGGAAUCCUUUAUCUCUGAGGUUUCACGAAACACAACUUCAAUUCAGAAGUGCCAAAAACAUGUUUGCAAGAACUCUCGUUUCAUCAACAACUUUGCGUACAGGUCAGAGAUUCAACAACUCUAUAAUUGCCCCUGCACAGUGGGUCAGUUGGGGUUACAGUGGAUGUUUUCUGAAAACCGAGGACAAGACAUUUACUGCUAUGCUAUCAGUGCCGUGGCAAAGAGGAGACUACUUGGAUCGAACCCAAGGAAUAAGGUUUCAACAAUUAUUUAAGUUAUCAUUGUUGUGUUAAAUGUGUGUACUUCUUGCUCAUUCAGGGAUAAAGGUGCAUUUAAAAAAAAACUGUUAUUGAAAUGAAGAAGUAAUUUGCUCAUUUUGAUUAAUAAAGAAUUUAUUAAUUUUUUGUUGUUUUCCCUCAGCUUUGUUGUUACAAGUGGAAGAAGCCACCAGGUGGCAGCACUUGGGAAACAUGGGCUGAUUCUAUAGCUUUAUCUUCAUUCAUACACAACACAGCUGAUGCCGGGCACGUGUUGGUUGGAGAUCAAAACUGGUUCAGAGGUGUUCAAGAAAACCUUGAUGCCCAUCAGUGGUGCUGCAAGGAUGCAAAAGACUCUAAGAUGUGUGGCCGUUUCAACUCCAUCUACCCAGAUAUGGAUUGCUCUUAUACUGUCACAUUUGCUCCAGGUCAGGAUAGUUUAAAGUUUUUAUUUGGCACUUCUUGGAUAUCCUGGAUAAUAUAGUAGGGACUGUGUACACGUCGUGUAGAUGAAAUAUUCAGAACAAGAUGUGCCGAAGCUUGAAUAAACAAAACAAGAAAACAACAUGGACGUUUUGGCUGGAUGUUUCCACUGCUAAUGACAGGACAACAUAUCUUGGUCUGAAUAUUUUGUUGAAAUUCUAAAUUAAAAAUGAACUACUUGAAUUCCCCAUUUGUGAAUAAGAUUUUAUUUAUUUGAAUGUUCCUCAUUUUUAGUAAACAUUUGAUUAUUCUUACUCUACCACUAUGGUAACCACCAGUUAAGUCAUAUAUAUUCUUGAACUUCUUAUGUUAACACUUUCUUCUAAAUUGUGAAACACAUUAACUAAUUUACAAAAUUGCAUCUGAUUGGGAUUUAUUUUUGGGGUUUUAAAGCACGUUAGCCUGAUUUUAAAAAAUAUAAAAUAAUUAUUUAUAUUUAAUAUUAUUGUAUUGGCAUCAUUUUGAUGGCUAUUUUGUUGUUAUCAAACUUAAAUAAAUAAGUUUUUAAUUAAAUUUUUUUUUUAAAGUUUGAAAAACAAGUAAAAUGUGUGAUUAAUUUCAGCUAAUCUGCUUGGUGACCCACAUGUCAUUACAUUUGACAAUUUAACUUACACCAUGAAUGGACUGGGAGAAUGGACUCUUAUGGAUAUCCUGUCAAUCAACUUUAUGCUUCAGGUUAGAUUUAAGGACAUCUUGAAACAUAAUAGUAAUAAAUAUUGUCUUGAGGUGCUCUCUAUUUGUUUCCAGAGUUACCAAUGAUUUUCAUUUACAAAUGAGGAUUACCAUAUUUGCUGGUGAAUAGGACUCAAGGGAAUAUAAUUUUGCUUACUGGUGCACCCCACAUUUUAGACUUAUUUUAAGGGGAAAUUUGUGUCCAAUAGGCUGCCAAAUGUGUGUUUUUUUAUAAUGGUUAUUUUAUUUAGAAUAAUAAUAUUGCAAUUUCUUUUAAAACAACUGACACAUGGUCAAUUAUUUACUUUUGAAUAAUGUUAACAAUGUACAAAGAACUGAGUAUUUGCAUAUUUUAUGACCAAGAUUACAUUUUUUGCAGGCUAGAACAAGUCAAGUAAAAUCAAGUAAUGGUGUCUUGACCAAUGCAACUGUUUUCACAGCAUUUGCUGCUAGAGAAGGGGAUUAUGCCAGAUUUCAAGUGGAACUCUCAUUUGAUAAGAAAAGUGUGUGACUUUUACGAUGCUUUAAUUUUUAAAAAUUAAGAUGCCAACUCUUUCAUCAAUUAGGCUUGCCCACUGUUAUCUUUUAGCAUAAUAUUUAUUAAUAUCAUUUUAGAAAUGUAUUCCUAUUCAAGAAGUAGUUAUCAAUUUAAAAGCAGAUUUUAUUGCUCAAUUUCUUUAUAAUACAAUUGUUUGUUUAAAAAAAAAAUCAUAUUUGAAUGAAUUAGGAUUUUUCUAUACAUUAUAAAAUAUACAUAACUAUAUACAACAUUUUUCAAUUCAUUUGUAUUUAACUGCUGACUUAUUAAAACCUAGAAAACGGAAGUUUAAAUAUGUAAAUCUCUUGAAAAAAAUGAAAACAACAAGCAUUUUCUCUUCAAUAGCAAUGGUCAUAUUGGUGGAUGGAUUUAACUAUACCACAGACUUUUACAGAAAUGCGACCUUCCGUCUGGCGAAAGAAUAUAUUGACAUCUCCCGUGACAAUCGCUUUAAUAAAACCAAAGUGGCAGCCCUGUUUCCCAGUAGUAAGAUUGUAGCUUUAUUCGAUAUUAUUAAAAAUGUAUCCUCUUCCUACUGUUUUAAUCUCAAGGAUGCGUUAAUUCUUAAUUGGCAUGUUGUAACUGUAGAAUUUUUUUUAAUGUUAAAAUUUAUAUUAAUUUAUUUUAACAAGAAAUGCUAGAUAAAACCAGUAUAGACUUUUCUUUAAGACAAUUUGUUGAAUAAAUACUGAAAUAAUUUGGAAGUCAAGUUUUAUUCCCUCCAUCAUUGAAAGAUAACAUAAAAUUAUCACCCCUAUUUUUUAAAAGCUGCAAUUGAAAAUUUACAUAUAGGUUACAUCCUAUCUAUUUCUAGAUGUAAUCGUUCAAGUAAAUGUAGGAG